AUGUCUGGAAACAGCUCCCAUCCAUUACCUACACAGGGGUCAUUACAGUAUGUCUCCAACUCCUCUCUCCUACCCCCCCUGGCAGAAGGGGAGGCACCCACAUUCACACGAGCGGCCCAGUUCCGGGUGGCAGCCACCCUGGUGCUCUUUCUGUUUGCGGCAUUCAGUAACUUGGCACUGCUGAUCAGCGUCUCUAAGGGACGGGGUAGGCGGCUGGCCUCGCACUUGCGCCCUCUCAUCAUUAGCCUGGCAACCGCCGACCUGAUGAUGACAUUUGUGGUGAUGCCUCUGGAUAUGGUGUGGAACAUCACUGUGCAAUGGUACGCUGGUGACAUUAUGUGCAAGCUACUCUGCUUCCUCAAGCUGUUUGCCAUGCAGUCCUCGGCCUUUAUCCUGGUAGUGAUCAGCCUGGACAGACAUCAUGCCAUCCUGCACCCACUGGACUCCCUCAGUGCCCACUGCCGCAACAAGAAGAUGCUAGCCCUGGCCUGGUCCCUCAGCCUGCUCCUUGCCUCUCCGCAGCUGUUCAUCUUCCGGGCCAUCAAGGCGGAGAGGGUGGAUUUUACCCAGUGUGUGACUCACGGGAGUUUCCAGGAGCGAUGGCAGGAGACAUUCUACAACAUGUUCCACUUUGUCACACUCUAUGUCAUCCCGUUACUGGUCAUGAGCCUCUGCUACACAAGAAUCCUCAUUGAGAUCAACCGGCAGGUGCACAAGAAUAAAGCUGGAGAAGCAUGUCUGAGACGGAGCGGGACAGACAUGAUUCCCAAGGCUCGGAUGAAGACGCUGAAGAUGACCAUCAUCAUCGUUGUGUCGUUUGUUGUGUGCUGGACGCCUUACUACCUUUUGGGGAUAUGGUAUUGGUUCCAGCCUGAAAUGCUCAAAGUGACCCCAGAGUAUGUCCACCACAUUCUUUUUGUGUUUGGCAACCUCAACACCUGCUGCGACCCGGUCAUUUACGGCCUCUACACCCCCUCCUUCAGAGCUGACCUGGCCGGCUGUUGGUGCUGCCGGCAGCAGAAUGCCUCCCCACGAUCACUGGACCACCUAUCUGCCCGCCAGGUUCCCCAUAGUGGAGAACAGGAGUCAGAUGCCCCAAGUGUCAAAGGACCUGAGGGUUGA